AUGACAGCCAUCUCUAUUUGGGACCUUAUCAAAUGCAUAGCAGCAGCAAUGCAGAGAAUGUCUGGACCGAUCAGCGUCUUUUCUGAAGCAGAUGCCGAAAGCUGGACUAAUAUUUGUAUUGUGGCAUUCAACUAUCUCAUAUGCUUUUCCACGUACGUUACAAGUGUGCUAGCAGCUUAUGUUGCUGUGGAGAGAUGUUUGUGUGUGUGCAUUCCGUUCAAGGUGAAAUGGUUGCUCACACCCAAAGUCACUUUUAGCGUCUGCCUGUUCAUAUCAUUGUUUAUAUUUGGUUGGUUUGCCGUGUUGUUUGGCGUUUACGACAUUGUGUGGGUCAUGAAUGAGACGUACAACAAAAGUGUAGCCAUUUACCAGAAUAAUGCGUUUUACUACGCCAACCAGGGCCCUUUGUUUGAAUACUACAAUUUAUCUGGCAUACUCUGGCCAUUGGUGAGUUUUGCAGUGAUCGUAGUUUGUACAACAGUUAUCGCAUACAAAUUACAAGAGAGCUCCAAAUUCCGCUCAGGGAGAGCAGAAGUUAAAGUUGAAACUGCUAACCAAUUGAGUAAUCGAGAUCGACAAGUCAUCAAGAUGCUCAUGGUUAUAAUCGGAGUCUACGUUGUGGGUUUGUCCCCGCGAAUUGGUUUGUACCUGGCCAAAUACCUAAUUUACGACUUCUAUUUCCUAAGAAGAUAUCACAACAUAUUUAUGUUUGUUAGUUAUGUGCUGUGGAUCUUUGACCUCAGUAACGGAGCUGUGAAUUUUUUUGUGUUUUACUCCAUGAGUACUUCGUUCAAAACUACAUUUCUAAAUAUGUUCAGAAAUACAAAACUGGCAAAAACGAUAACCCAUAAAAGCAGUGAACACAAAUCAUCUACCAGUCAAACUAGCUUCUAG